GAUGGAGCACCAGAAGGCCCAGCCGGAGCCCGCCCAGGUCUUGCCGCCGAGCAUGCCAUGGUCGAAGUCGGAGGUGAAGGCGAGAAUUAUAUUCCUCGCCAAGCAGCGUCAGCCCGCCCAGGAAGACGAAGAUGGCCCGCGGCAGCGGGUACCGUCACCAGACUUUCGGUUGAAGCGCUUUCGAAGGUCGAGCAGGCCAACGUGACUUCCCGCGCGUUUCCGGAGAUGACGUCAACCGAGCCCGUCAUCCCCCGCCCGACCUCCGGCGCGGUGGGCGCGGGCGCUAUCGCGGCGGCCCCCAGUCG